CUUCUUCUACCACUACUUGGACACCAUUAUGGUGUUAGGCAUGGCUUUAGGUAAGAGGGAGAUGCUAGUUAUGGCCAUGGCCUAUAUGUUACUUGCUGUGUCUGCAGGUGCAAGACAUGGUAAAGUAGGAGAAUUAGGAGAAGAAGCAGAAGCAGAUAGAAUAAUUGAACUUCCAGGACAACCCAAAGUCUCAUUUCAGCAGUACUCUGGGUAUGUCACUGUGAAUGACACAGCCGGUAGAGCUCUUUUCUAUUGGCUUACUGAAGCAGUGCAUCAACCUGAGUCCAAACCUUUGGUCUUUUGGUUCAAUGGAGGGCCUGGCUGUUCUUCACUUGCUUAUGGUGCUUCAGAGGAGGUAGGCCCAUUCAGGAUCAAGAAAAAUGGAACUGGUUUGUACCUGAAUAAGAACUCAUGGAACACUCAAGCCAACGUAAUAUUCCUUGAAAGUCCGGCCGGUGUCGGCUUCUCUUACACCAACACAUCGUCUGAUUUGUACACCACAGGCGAUACGCAAACUGCAAAGGAGGCAUUAGAAUUCGUUAUCCGCUGGUUGAACCGGUUUCCACACUACAAAAAGCAUGAUAUUUACUUAUCGGGAGAGAGUUACGCCGGGCAUUACGUCCCUCAAUUGGCCAAAAAUAUUUUGACACAUAAUUCAAAGUCUGAGCAACCUAUAAAUCUCAAAGGGAUAUUGGUUGGGAAUGCAGUUAUGGAUUACUACUAUGAUAAUGUUGGCACAGUAGACUACUACUGGACCCAUGCCUUGAUCUCUGAUGAAACACAUAAGGAGAUGCUCAGCAAAUGUGAUUACCAUAACAAAACUGUUACGCCAGAGUGUAAAGCUAUAACGGACUAUGUCGAAAACAACAUGACCGGAGGCAUUGAUAUGUACAGCAUAUAUACACCUCCAUGCAACGAUUCAGAUGGCAGUCCCAGGACCAGGCGUUUUCCUCUUCAAUCGAUUUCAUCAUCUACUUUGAGGCGGCGGCGGCGGCGGCUUUCUGGAUAUGAUCCUUGUACUGACCAUUAUGCUAAGAUUUAUUAUAACAGACCAGAUGUGCAGAAAGCCUUCCAUGCCAACACAACUAAUAUCUCUUAUAGUUGGACUACUUGCAGUGAUUCUCUAUUUGACAAUUGGACUGAUUCAGCAUUUUCAGUUCUGCCAAUCUACAAAGAUAUGAUUGCUGCUGGUUUGAGAAUUUGGGUGUACAGUGGCGAUGCGGAUGCUGUGGUGCCGGUUACUGCCACCAAGUACUCCCUUGCUCAGCUUAAGUUGAAAACCAAAAUUCCAUGGUAUCCAUGGUAUGUGAAGGAAACAGAGGUGGGAGGAUGGACAGAGGUAUAUGAAGGGCUAACAUUUGCAACAGUGAGGGGGGCAGGUCAUGAAGUGCCAGUUUUGAAACCCAAAGCAUCCCUUCAACUAUUGAAAUCAUUUUUAAGUGGGACCCCUCUACCCAAAUGACCUUCUUUGGGAGCAGACAAUGUUCUUCAAUAUUUCGAUUAAUCCAUUAUUUGAUCAAGAACGGAAAAGCAAGAAGAGAGAGAAAAAAAAAAAAAAAAAGUUGAUUUCAGGGUGGGUUUUUCCUUUAUUGGUUUGGAUCUCAAUUGAGGGAAUACACUAGGAAAGAAAGGUUGGUGUUCUUUGAUAUUCUCAUUUUAUCCAUUAAUAAAAUGAUUUAUAUAGCUUAUGCCUA